AUGAGUACAUUCAAUAUUGCCUGGAUAGAGGCCGUAAACGGGGCCAACAGCCAUCCCAGGCUGUCGAUCGAUGAUCUCUGGCAGGGGUGUGUUCUGCUUGCCCGUUCCCCUCAGCUAUUCACCAGUGCCAUUUCCGCCUGUGAUAUCCCCCCAAUUGCCAGCGACAGAUUUACCCGGACUCUACACUUUCACCAAGGCGCCGUGGACAAAAUGGAGCAGGAAGUUACGCUAGUGGACAGACACAAGUUCGAAUGUACCACCAUAGGCACCGGCAACCGGGUCACUACGAUGAUUUUUCACGGUGUCUCUGAGACCCCGGAGGAUCUUUACCUGUCCUUGGAGUAUAGCAUACCGUACGGGAAGGUCAGUCUGGAGGGGGAGGAGGGGGAAAAGUUUCGGGAAAUGUAUCGUUUGAAGGCCAAGGAGAAUCUGGUGACGGGGCUGGCCACUAUGCGAGAUCUCAAGUCUCAGGGAAAGUUGGCAUAG